AUGCCCUCGACCAGCUGGGUCAACCUACCCACCCAAUGGCGACUUCAAGACGUUCAAGCAGCCUUGAACGUGAUCAUCACUAGCCUGAGCGUGCUCGGCAUAUUCGCCUGUGCGCGAUUCUGCUGGCAGUCCGCCAUUCCGGGAAUGGCGAGGCAUCGGAGCAUACCCAUAUCGGAUCUGAUCACUGUCAACACCUUCGGUGAAGCCAUCGACAUCAUUUGGCUCCUGAAGACCAGAAUCUUUCAACGGCGGCAUCUCAAGAUUCUCGUGCAAUCCUGUCUUGCUAUUAUCCUUUCCGUCGUAGGGUUGGUGUCUGGGCCGAUUGCAAGGUACUCAACGAGCACCAGCCACCGGGUCCUUCCUCAGAACAUCUCAGGAACCAUCGCAAUGCGGCAUUAUGUAGCAAUUCUCAACGCUCCUGUGCUUUGGAAUGAGACGUUCACAAGCCUUGAUCAGGCCGACUUUCCGCACGAUCAGUUACUGGAUUACCUCCCUGAUCCCACAAUCCCGUGGACAUACGAUCGCAGAGAGUGGAAUUCCACGUGGAGCCUGGACUGCAAAAGUACUGAAAGAACCGCUAUCACGCUUGAGGACACUGGAAAUUGCGACUAUAUUCUCGACGAGCUGCCAGGAUUACAGAAGGUGAUCUCGCCUUCCAAGUACGAUGUAUCGAACUUUAGCACCUGGUGGGGAGGAGAACAAAAUAACGGGAUAAACCAAGACGUGCUGCUGGCCAUGGGUGCGGCGAAAGUGACUGAUUAUGAUGAAGUACUUAAUAUCAAUCUUGAAAUGGCCAUCGACCUUGCCGCGGUCUACCUACACAACCUCAGUAUCCAGGAGGACCCAGACAGCUAUUGCUAUUUUGGGAAAGGCCCUGUUGAGUCUGCAAGCUAUACUAAGAUCGAAUGCAUCGUGAGGCGAAAUACUCUAGAUCCUAGUCUCAAUUACAUCGCAUAUCCCGACUGUUCCAAGGCGUGGCAGGUCGCCCAGGCACUGGUCCAAUACUAUUAUGCACGGUUCGUUGGCGAGUCCAUCGCGACAGGCAACAUUACAACUAUCACACCACGCGACUUGAUGAGAUUCUACCAGGUAUGGGUGUCUACCAAAGACACCCAAGAUAGGUAUUCUGUUACGCGGACGCUGAGCGUCCGAGUACCGGUGGUACAGCUGUCCACCGCAUUUCUCGCCAUCUCAAUCCUGGUUUUCGUCCUGAUCAUCUUGGGUCUUAUCAGCUAUAUCAGCGCCUACAUCCGCAGCCGCAGGACAUUCGAGGAAACGCCCCAGUCAAAGUUGGAAUGGAUGUUAAGAGGCGUCCGGCCCACUGAGCGAAAUUCAAGCCUACACUCUUCGCCCGACAUUGAAUUCAGCUUCAGUCCAAUUAAACGACCAACAACGUCGCAAAUCAGGGCUGUGACAUCCUUCAUACAGGAGAAGGGAGACAUACGCAGAUCUGAAUUUGAGAAUGCAAGGUACAGCGAUUCUUUCAAUGCCUUCGAUAUGUCUCCCACACCUGUGCCAUACACACCUGCUCCAACUCAGUGGCAAUUGCCCCCAUUACCGUUCCCUCAAAUCCCGAGAAAACCUAUAUCAUCGGUAUAUACCAGUGCGUCGGAAAUUGAGACCUGGUCCACGGGAGACGAGGGAGAGAGAUUGGUUUCCAGAGCCCCAUGA